AUGCACAGCGAAAUACCCAAGGUCUAUAAAUACUGCAAGUCAUUUCAGGUAGUAAUCAAAUAUCACCCUAAAGGUGAAGGCUUCCAGAAGGACCUCGUAAAACUGCCUGGAUGGGACAACGGUGAAAUUGAAAAGCUUAGCCCAUGGGACAUGGAACCAGUUCCUGAUAAUGUUGAUCAGCCUGAAGAAUUAGGAGCUAGUGUUUCCGUGACUUUUGAAGAAGUGGAAAAGCUACUAUACAAACCCCAAGAAGGAGAGUGGGGGAUGAGAUCUCGUGAUGAAGCGUGUGAACGGAUUAUCAGUGGUAUUGAUCAGCUUCUGACUCUUGACAUUUCAGCAGCUUUUGCUGGUCCAGUUGACCUGUGUACAUAUCCCAAGUAUUGUACCGUGAUCGCUUAUCCAACAGACCUGAACACUAUUCGGACAAGACUGGCUAACAGAUUUUACAGGAGAAUAUCUGCAUUGGUUUGGGAAGUAAGAUAUAUUGAAAGCAAUGCUAGGACCUUCAACGAACCUGGGAGUGCUAUUGCUAAAGCUGCAAAAAAGAUCACUACCCAGCUCUUAAAGUUUAUCAAUGAUCAGGACUGCACAAACAUUUUUGAACUAUGCAGCACAACAGAUGAUGAACAAGAUUGUCUUGAUGCUGAUCUGGAUGAUGAAAAACGUCUUCCAAGAACAACAUAUAGAAGAAGAAAAGGACGGGGCUUAAAAAGAGGAAAAAGUGUGAAAACUGGCUAUGAUGAAAACUGUUGGAAGAAGCAGUGUAUGGAACUAGUGAAUUUAAUUUUCCAGUGUGAAGACUCAGAACCUUUCAGGCAGCCCGUUGAUUUGGAUCAAUAUCCUGAUUACAGACAUAUUAUAGACACUCCAAUGGACUUUGGUACGGUGAAAGAAACUCUGGAAGCUGGAAAUUAUGACACUCCAAUGGAACUGUGCAAAGAUAUAAGGCUAAUAUUUAGUAAUGCAAAAUCUUAUACUCCAAACAAAAAGUCAAAGAUUUAUAGUAUGACCUUGAGAUUGUCAGCACUAUUUGAAGAGAAAAUAAGAAGAAUUGUUUCAGAUUUCAAAAACGGUCAGAAACAGAAUGAAAAACUACGAAGAAACCAGAGGUACACUAGAAGAUUUCAAAAUCAAAGCUCAGUGCAGCAUCCUACCAAAAUGCUCAGAAAUUUGAAGCAGAAACCAUUAAAGUCUCAGGCAAAAAUUGAAUCUGAGCAGGAAGAUUCUUUUACUCAACCUACCUCAAGCAGAGCCGCCUGUGUUGCAAGCCAUAAAACGAAUGCGAGCAAUUACAACCAUAGUUCCUCUGGUGAAUCCUCUGAUUCUGCAUGCCUGGCAUCCUUUGAAAAGAAUGGAAAAGCUAGAUCCACAACACUAACAAAUUGUUCUGCAUUAUCAUCAGAAAGUGAAAUAGAAGGUUCUUUGGUUUCUUCAUCUACUUCCUCUUCAUCUUCAUCCUCUGCAAGUAGCUCAGAAGACAGCAAAGAAAGCUCUGUGGCUCUUGUGUCACCUCCGCUACACAAUGGUGUAUGUAGAAGAAAGAACAGCAAUUGUAGGAUAACUAGAAAUCGAGCUGCUCAAAGGAAACAAAUGGGAACACUUCUUCAGGAGAAUGGGAAUACAAGAAAAACCGUCAGGAAAAAGUUAUAUGGAAGUGACUCUGAAAAUACUUUGGUGGUGUCAUCUGGGUCACUCAAUAAUAGUACUGGUAGGCAUAGAAAAACUCCACGCAGAAGUGCUACUGUGGCUGCUAAUAAGUUAAGGCUGAUGAGCGAUGUGGAGGAAGAGGUUUCAAGCUCAGAAAGUGUUGGCAUUGGGUGCAAGAAUAGAAAACUGCCUCACCGAAAUGCCUCAGCUGCAGCCAGGCGAAUGUUACUGGAGGGAUCUGAGGAUGACGUAGGCUUAAAGUCUGAAAGUGAAAAAGAAAUAGAAGAGCAGCUUACCAAGAGGAAGAUUCUUUCUCAACCUAGUUCAUGUGCUGCACGAAGAAAAUUUGUUAGUGACACUGAAAAUGGAACUUCAGAUUCUGAGACAGACACACAGAUGAAGCAGAAAAACUGGCAAAGCAAUGGUCCUAAACAGUUACGUGGGACAGUCCAUUCCGUAUCUCCCAAAAUGAAAAGUCCCACCCUAGACUUUUCAGAGGAGGACUCCAAAAGCCAUAAUUCAGAGGAUGGGAGCAGUCCAAAAGUUUCUGACCAAUCAACAUCUGCACAUAAUAAGCCUGCAGUGAGCAACUCCGAGGAUGAAGUGGAUUCUGAAUUGGAUAGAUGGAAUGGCAGAAAAUCAACUGGUCUGCAGCUUGCUGCUCCUUUAAAAAAAGCAAAAGUCUUGAGUGAUUUAGAGGACACAGCAGAAUCUGAAACAGAAGACAGAGAGGAUGGGAGAAGUUUUAUCUCAGAGAGCUUGGUGCCAACUAGAAUUGCAGGGAGUUCAAAAUCUGGACCUGGUGCCAGCUUCAAUCACUCUUCUGAUACGGAAUCUGAGGCAGAUAUCAAUAAUAGUAAUUACUGUGAAACUUCUUCAAAAACAAAAAAGAGGAAGAGAAAAGGAAAAACAAAAAUUGUUAGAAAAGAAUCAACAUCUGAGGAGACUGGACAAAGUGCAAAAGUGCUCAGGAGCAGGACAUGUAUCAUUAACUACAAGAAACACAUAAAACUGUCUAAUGUGACUGAGAAGAAGAAUCCACGCCGAUGUGCCACUUUGGCAGCUAAUAAGAUUAAGAUAAUGAGUGAUACAAAGGAAGAAUUAUCAAGCUCGGAAAGCGUUUACAUAGUAAAAAAGAACAGAAGGCAGCUUCACGGCAACAUGUCUGCAGCAUCCAGGAAGAAACUCAUCGGCAGCUCAGAGACAGAUGCCUGCUUAAAGUCUGAAAAUGAGAAAGAACAGCUUUCUGGCAGAAAAAAACUUUCCUGCCCUGAAUCAUCUGCUCCUAAAAGAAAAUAUAUUAGUGAGUCUGAGAAUGAAAAAACAGAAUCUGAGGCAGAGUUAAAAGUGACUCAAAAGCAGAAUGAAGAUAACCACAAGCGGGCACACAAACCAGUCUCUGCUGCAGCUCUUAAAAAUUUUGAAUACGACUCUGAAGAGGAGAAUUCCACAAACCACAAGAUGGAAAAUGGGAGAAAGUGGGGAAGUUCUAGUCAGUCAGCUUCAGCACACAACCACCGUACGAGCAACUCUGAAGCAGAGGUAGAUUCUGACUUAGCUAAACAUGAAACUAAAAAUAUCAGACAAGUAUCAAAUAAAAAAUCUAGAGCUUCUUUCAGAAGAUCAAAAUUAUUGGAUGACUUCAAAGAAACAGCAGAAUCUGAAACUGGGGGGAAGAAAGAUGAAAAAAGCUCGAUAUCGGAGAAUGUGGAAGCACCUGGGACUGCUGGAAGUUCAAAAGCCAGUUUCAAUUGUUCUUCUGAUUCAGGCUCUGGAACUGAUAACAGUGUCUAUAGUGAUGCCACAGAAACAAGAAAGAGGAAAAGGAAAUCAGAAAUGGUUAGAAAAGAAAUUACCAAUUCCAGCUCACCUAAGCCUUCCAGAAGACCCCAGCGAAGGAAACGUCGGAAACCUAACCAAGAAAAUGACUCGGAAGAUUUGGAUUACACCAAAUACAGGCGAGCUAAUCGGCGUUCUAAGAUAAGAACUCGGAACGGAGGUAGACGGACUGUGAGAUACGACGAUUGUGACGAUGACGACGAUGACAGAGGUUUAGAUGAUGUAGAUUGUGAAACGUAA